GACAUUCGAGAAAGCUCACCCUGUCUGCGCUCCAUUUGUAAUUGUACAAGUUCACACAAAAAGCAUCAGCACAGCACCGGCAUCCCGCAAAAUGUCGCUAAAUCUUGGUGAUCCGUUCCCCAAUUUUACCGCCGACACCACCAUCGGGCCGAUCGAUUUCCACGAGUGGAUCGGCGACGGCUGGGCAAUCCUGUUUUCGCACCCCGCCGACUACACGCCCGUCUGCACGACGGAACUGGCGGCGGUGGCCAAGCUGGUGCCCGAGUUUACCAAGCGCAACGUGAAACCGAUUGCCCUGUCUUGCGAUACGGUCGAGUCACACCGUGGCUGGAUCGAGGACAUCAAGGCGUACGGCCAGCUGGCCGCAGCCGACCCAUUUCCCUUCCCGAUCAUUGACGAUUCGAAGCGCGAGCUGGCCGUCAAGCUGAACAUGCUGGACCGGGACGAGAUAGGAUCGGCGGGUCUUCCCCUAACCUGCCGCGCUGUGUUUGUGAUCGAUGCGGGCAAAAAGCUGCGCCUGUCCAUCCUCUACCCAGCGACGACCGGGCGCAACUUUGCGGAAAUUCUGCGCACCAUCGACUCGAUGCAGCUGACGGACAAACGCCGGGUGGCAACGCCGGCCGAUUGGAUGCCGGGCGAUAGCUGCAUGGUACAGCCGACGGUUCCGGCGGAUCAGCUGGCCACACUGUUUCCUGCCGGCGUGGACAGUGUCACGCUACCGUCGGGCAAGCAGUAUCUACGCAAAACCGAGUGCCCGAACUGAUGCCAUGCGGGGUGUCAUAUGCGAGGAAUUUAACACUAAAGAUACUUAAAAUUGCAACCAUUGGUACGUAUCGGCGCCAGUAGAUUAAUGUUCGGGUGAAAUUCGGGUCACGUGGUAGUGAUUGGAACAAAUUUGCAUUUUUGUACAUUGGAUUUACAACAAAUAGUUGGAUAGGCGGGGGAAAAAUAUAUUUCUCUUCUCGGCGCUUAAAGCGUCCGUUAACUUA